AUGUUAGUGACCGAGAAGAAGACAAGGUCACACCUCGGCCUCCUCCCCGGGGACUGCGCGGGCCCCUGCGGUGCUGGCCUAGGUGCCGGGUGCUGCCAGGCGCCACCCCUCUUUCAUGCCCACCCCGCUGACAGUGGAGAGGAACGGGGCGGAGCAGAUGGACUGGGCGCCGGCCGGCUCAGGGUCCCUGGUCCGGUCCAGGUGGCUCGGGAACUCCGGGCCAGCUGCGGGGGCCGGGAAGGGGACCCCGUUUUCCAUGACAAUGGCAGAGGCGGUCCCCUCCCCCCCUUCCCGGUCUGGCUGGCAGUGGGCUCUGGCCUGGGGGGCAACUGCACGGGCUGCGUCAUCUGCUCGGAGGACAACGGCUGCUCCACCUGCCAGCAGAGGCUCUUCCUGCUCAUCCGCCGCGAGGGCGUCCGCCAGUUCGGCAAGUGCGUGCACGGCUGUCCGCUCGGCUUCUUCGGCAUCCGCGGCCAGGACGUCAACAGGUGCAAAAGAUGCGGGUCCACGUGUGACAGCUGCUUCAGCCAGGACUUCUGCAUCCGCUGCAAGAGACGGUUCUUUCUGCACAAGGGGAAGUGUCUGCGCGCCUGCCCGCCAGGCACCUUGACGCACCAGAGCACCCGGGAGUGCCAGGAAUUCAUUCUUCAACUUUUAGAGAACACAAAUUUGGUGCACCAGCUCUCUAACAAGAGAAAUGUUUUCAUAUUUAAUCUCCUGUGUCAUUAUUGAUGGCCUCACCAAGAUAAGAAAUAAUUAAAAGGAGGACUGUCAUCUCCAAGGAGGAGCCCCAGGUAAUCGGGACUACAGAGGGGAAGGAAUCAGCCUACUGAUGGACGCUGACGCAUGUCUCUUGGUCUUUCUCUGGAACCCUAGCCUUCUUCCCAGACAUCAUUCAUCAGUGAAAGGAGAUGCUGGAGUUGAGCAUGAAUUUUUUCUCCUCUGCGAUGCCUGUAUGC